UGUACAAGCAACCGAGAACUCGGCCCAGUUUCGUGUCCAGAAAGUGAUCUACCUUGUCUCCGAAUAGCGGUUGGGUAUUGGAGCAUGGGAUAACCUCUUGGAUUGGUUCUGUUGCGCUUUAUCAGCAUCCACCCCCGCCAGUGUGCAUGUGCAUUGCAUGAAGCUCCAUUCUGUAUUGUUUGCCUGAUUGCUUAAAUUUAGAUGAAAGCUGGGGACCCAUGCUGCCGAUAAGAAAGCUUCGCAUGUUGCCCAUGUGGACCAGAUGUGAAGAGGAGGCAUGGGUUGUUAAAUUAUGUGAGACAGAAGUAAGAUGAAUAUAAAUAAUAGACUGAGGGCCCUAAUUACGGAGCGUGAAACAUCUGCCAGUCCGCAAGCCCGACACCCAAGUCCAUUUCAGAUCUUUUCCUACUAUAUCGCUGAAUCUUCACCAGAAAAUGCUCUUCUCAACUCUUAUGAUCACCACGUUUGCUGUUCUUUGCGUCGCGAGUCCUUUGCCAAUAGGAGAAUCUCUUGGACGUACUCCAAUCGCCGAUACAAGAGAGCAUAUCGAACGCAAUUCACUCAGCCACUGGAACUCUCCAUUCUCAGAAAAUGAUGAUUUGACGGAGCCGACUGUCCAGUUGAGCUGAUACAAAGCAGAACAAAGAGCGCCAUUAUGAGCUUUGAGACAACUUGCGGACUGGCUACG